AUGGCGAGUCAAGCGUUAAACCCCAAGCGGCAGCAGGAGCUGCAGAACCAGUACAGCAAUUACAAAAACACCCUGACGCAGAUGGCGCAGCGGAUCGGCAAUAUCGAGAGCGAAGCAGAGGAGCACAGACUCGUGAUCGACACACUCGAACCUCUGCCGCGGGACCGAAAGUGCUUUCGCAUGGUGAACGGAGUCUUGGUGGAACGCACCGUUGAGGACGUUCUUCCCUCUCUGAAGACCAACUCGGACGGACUCAAGCAGGUCUUGGAGGAGCUGAUGAAGCAGUACAAGGCCAAGCAGGACGAAUUGGACAACUGGAAGAAGAAGAACAAUAUUCAGGUCGUGCAGCCUUGA